AUGGGCAAGAAGUUUCUUCCGUUUCUUUUUUCUUCAUUUGUUAGAGCAAUUUGCGUGAGAGAAGGCGCUAACGAAUGCUGGCAUUAUACUGGCAUCAAUCAUGAUUUGGUGGUGAACACUUUAGGGGAUAACUGUGGAAGGUAUUUAAAAGCAAGCGAGUGGAUAAUCUUCCCAAAUUACUUCCAAGACGAGUCCAUCGAAGAUGCCGAAGCUCGACUCAAUAUCAUCAGCGAAAGCUUGCCGCAUCUCGACUACGAACAAAGUGAAUUGACUUGUGCGCUAAUGUUCCCCAAAUGUCAACGAAACAUCUGCAGUACAAAUUUGGCGUCGGGUUCUAUUGAAAGCGAUUAUCAUAAUUCGAAAGACAUGCUUCCGAAAACCGUCGCUAAGAUUACUGAGCCAGACACGGAAGAGACAAGAAGACAUGCAAAGCCGAAAGUAAGACUGAUGGGGAACAUUCACGGAAACGAAGACCAGGGAAUCUUCAUUCUUCUGCCACUGAUAAGAGACAUUUUAGACGGCACACAAGAAUAUGCUCUCCUUAGAAAAAGCCUUGAAUUGCACUUUUUGAUUUCCGCAAAUCCAGACGGAUAUCUACGUGCUCGAGCUACGUACCGCUCAAAUGGAAAAAUUUGCUGGGAACAGGUCACCAAAAACAAUGUCAUGCAUAAUGAUGAGAUUGGCGCCCUUUUAAUGAACUUUCACGACAUAAAAAGUUUAUAUACCAAUACCAAGCAGUUACUGGUCCAUCGGAAACGUGCAAGAGGAAACGCUAAGCUUAAUAAAGUGGACACGAAGCCGGAACUUUGUACUUUCCGCGAUGAUUCAUUCUGGUGCAUGGGGCGCGUUCUAAAGCAGUUCAUGCGCGAAAAUAAUCGAAAGCUGGACUUUGUCAAGCUUCACAAGACGUUGAUAAAACAAGAGCCUUGCAUGCAUGGAGCUGAUGAGUUUUCGGAGAAGGGAAUAACUAAUGGUGCUGCAUGGUAUUCGACAAUCGGCACACUUCAAGACUUCGAGUACAUUGCGGAAGGAGUGAUGUCUUUUACUCUCGAGCUUGGCUGCGAGAAGACAACUUCAAAGGCGAACCUUCCUGUUAUCUAUUCAGAUGCGAAAGAUGCAAUGAUUGACUUCAUGCUAUGGGGCAAAAUCGAGGAUGAAAAGGGCCGGGGAAUUCCAAAAGCUGAAGUGUUCAUUCAAGAGAAAUUUUGGAACGGAACGACCGCGCUCAAUCCAUUGAGUACGCUAACUGAUGAUGAUGGACACUACAACAAACUAUUUUGGCCUGAUGAUAUGACUGCCAGCAUAACUUUAUUCAUCCAGCACGAAAAAUAUCGAGAAAGAAGGUUCCCUUUCACGGACGAGUAUCUCGCGUCGCUGAAAAAUUUCCGAAGCUGUCGAAGAACAUACAGUAGUCUAACAGACAGUUCCUGUAAUUACGAGCUUCCAAAAGCGCUUGUUAUCAAACUGCAUAAACUCUAA